UAUUUAGUUGUGCAGCCGCCCGCCGCAGCGCUAGUGUCAGUGAAAGUCUCGGAGAGCAGACGACUGCUGGUUACGACACGGAACUGUGGAAGUUGUGCGGUGUUGUCGUAAAUACCAGUGUGUAAUACACCAGCUGUGGUAGUAAACGUAAACAUGACCAGUGUCAGCGAGAUCCUGGACUACAAGAAGAAGGACGAGGAGGACCUCUACGCGAUCCUGGGGUGCGAUGAGCAGGCCACAGUAGAGCAGAUAACAGCUGAAUAUAAGGUCCUAGCACUCCAGUAUCAUCCUGAUAAAAAUGAGGGUGAUAAAGAUGCAGAAGCAAAGUUCCAACAGUUAAAGGAAGCAAAGGAAAUUUUAUGUGACCCGGAGAAACGAGCGAACUAUGACAAAUGGCGUCACAGUGGGAUAUCCAUAAGCUACAAGCAGUGGCUGGGCAUGAAGGAACAUGUGCACCAGUCGAUGCACUGGUCGACAUACAAUACCAAGGAUCGCAUGUUGCCUGAGAACGCAGAAGGUCAAGGCCCUGCACCGCGCGGUCCUCCGUCUGCAGCCAGUCGGCGUGCGUCCGAAGGUGGAGCCAACAUCCACUGGGGUGGCCGAGGCAACGUAGCGUGGAAGUCCGACACCCCCAAUGAGGUCGUCAGUAAAUUUCGCAACUACGAGAUUUAAAGGCUGAGGGCCUUGACGAGAGGUUCCUGACAAGCUUAUCGGUAUCCUUACGGCGGUUAAGGUAUUCGAUAUCGUCGUCAGUUAGGUGUAACCGGCAGUUUUCCACAAUUGAUCAUUUAUACUCAUGUAACCUAAACUGUUUGUCACCCCUUUACUGUAAUGUCUGUGAUGUAUGUACAACUUCCUAUAGUUUACUAUUUUUUAACUGGAUAACUAUGAUGUAUUAUUGUACAUUCGUAACCAAACUCGAUGUAAACUUCAUCAUGAUGGCUAAGCAUGUUAGACUGUCUUAUUUCCUCUGAUGCUUUAUUGGAAGGUAUCGUUGAUAGCAAUAAAAUAUUCGUUGCUUUUUAAAUUGUGUGUUAACCACCAGAUUAAGAGAGUUGAUAAUGGGAUUUUCUUUUACAAUGUUUGUCAACUUUAGUUUAUAUACUUAAAAGACAUUUUUGCUGAAUCAAGCAUGUUAAAGUUGUGAUUGUUUGUUAAGUUUGUAAACAUCCAGUAUUGUUGCUUGGUGACUGACCAAAUUCUUACAGUAACAGAACAGAAAUGUAAAUUACCAUUCUUCCCUGUUACCAUUACUACAAGAUGUACCUUAGAUAAGUAUUUAAACCUUACCUCAUCAGCACAUUUUAGGCACAAAGGUUCAAGCUGGUGAUAUCCAUGUUCAAUUAAUGGUAACAAAUUCUUUUAAUUUCUGCCUAAUCUAUUCAACAAUUACGCAAGCUUAUGGAUGAGUAUUUAAUAUGUAUUGUCACAUUUUGAAUGUUUAAAAAUGGGAAACACAGCUAAAACACAGUACUAAAAUCUUCUGUUCAUGAUUUUUUAUCAAGAUGAAAGUUUUUAGAUGCAUCUAACAAAGUAUUUUAGUUUUGUAAAAAUAAUAGAUUCAAUUAUUUUUAUACAUAAAGAAAUUAGCUAUUUUUGAACAAUUCUUCUGAAUGAUUACUAAACAUGAGUAUUGUGCUACAAGUUUAACUAAAAUUAAUAGUUUUGGAUUUUUAUGGAUUUUUCUAACGAAUGCAACACUUCUUAGUCUAAACCACAAAACUCCAUGGUUUUGCUCUGGUGCAAUAUCCAUAAUUACCAAAUGUCAUUACAAAUUUAACUUCAUGACUGAUGCAAUUCUUUCAUCUGAAUGCAAUACUUAGCAACAGGCAGGCUUUCUGCUAUUUUCUAGUCUGCUCAAAAUUUUGUCUCAUCUAGUUAGGACAGACAGUAGGUGCAGAUCUCCUGGUUCUGUUUAUCUAAAUUGCUCGGGAUCUGUCUGCCUUAUCAUGCCUAGAGCUCAGAUCAAAUGCGUAGAUUAAAACAAAAUAGUUUUUAAAACGUGAAUGAAACAACAUAGCGAUAGUGAAAUUACGAGGGUUUUACGUUUGAAUCGUUGGAAUUACGAGGGUUUUACGUUUGAAUCGUUGGAAUUACGAGGGUUUUACGUUUUAAUCAUUCCAAUUACGAGGGUUUUACGUUUGAAUCGUUGCAAUUACGAGGGUUUUACGUUUGAAUCGUUGCAAUUACGAGGGUUUUACGUUUGAAUCGUUGCAAUUACGAGGGUUUUACGUUUGAAUCGUUGGUUUUGUACGCAUUGAUAUGAAUUUUUUAAUGCUACGUUGAACCUUGGUGACUCAACCUCAAGGAGAGGAAAUAACUUGAGUUAUCGAAUAUUUCAAGUAAACAAGUUCGAGUUACUGAGAGUGAAAGUCAGCAAUUUCAUUACAAAGGGUCAGAAAUGCUACUAAACUUGCUUCCAAGAUUGUGGAGAUUGUCUUGUUAUUACAAAAUAAAAGUUUGCUUUGAUUGCUAAUGCGAUUGUUUAACUUUUAUUUAUAGAGGUGCCUCAUUUUAUUUUAUUUUAUUUCCAACGGAUCAACCAUUACAACCAUCUCAAACUUUGAGUACUAGAGGUGAACUGAUUAAAAGCUUGACUUCCAGAGUCCUCAUAGCUAGAAUUUCAUGUUAUAGAAUGUUAAUAAACUGUUCCGUACAGUGUAAAAUUCAACAUUUACUUUGACUGUUAUGAUACGUUCAAGGGGAUUUGAAAAAAAGUUAACUUAUUAAGGAUUUUGGGUUACUUAGGGUUGAGUUAUCAAGGUUUAAUUGUGCUUGUCUAUGGUAUAAUUUCAUUUUUACCUUAAAGAAUGCUUUAAGGUUUUAGUCUAUAGCAUUUAUAAGAGUACGUAAAUAAUUAGUCAUAAAACAUGAGAAUCCUAAAUCCGCCCAUUAAUAGAUUACUUUUACCCAAAGGUCACCACUCGGUUAUUCCGAUAUAAUUUACUUUAUUGCACAGAGUGAUCUCAACUCUGUGACUGGGUACCUCCAAUAAUUGAAUGUCUAUCUAUAGGUUUUGACAAAUAUUAUUUCUGGAACAAAUUAUGCAAAUCAUGUCUAGAGAAUCAACAUUAGGACGAAAUUAAUAAUACAUUAAUUUUUGUGUAAACAAAUACAAUCAACACAGGUACAAAAAAUAUUGUUUUUAUUAUAUGACAUAGUUCUUGUUUGUCUAAUUGUGUGAAGAUUUUAGUUCCUUACCAAGCACUAAAUAAAUUUUAAAAUAUAUUUACCCUCAUAGUGUCGACUAUCAAUGUACUGAGAAUAAAUGGAUAGCGUUAGUCAGAAGAUCUUGGCCUUACAGGGGGUUACACAAAUAAAUAAUAUUGCAAGAAAUGCACCAUAAAACUCCUAUAUACUGUUCAGAAAAAACAAAUGGAAAUGUAAUCGACAGAAUUGAAAAGGGCUUGAGAAAGAGGUUAAAAUUCGUGUAAAUUUUAUACUACAAAUAAAUAUAAUGAAUCUCGCGACCUUUAAAUGUCACCACCAGUUAUAAGUGAUGUCAUGCUAUUUUGACUAAAGGAGUAGCUUGAUCCUCUUAGUGCGCUUCAUGUAGAUCUCCGAAACUAAAAUAGCCACAGGGGUGUAUGUAGAAAAUUAUUUUUUGGGGGGACGGGAACUAAUUCAUAGGGUGGUAUAGGGAGUAUAAAAUAUCCUCCAAAAAUAGAGGCUCAAGAAUCUCACCUCUGGAAAUUUUUUACCAUUAAGGCCUCAUAAAUGUGUUCUAGCUUAAAACAAAACUGCUGGGUGAAAUUUUAAUGUAUUUCUCAAAAUUUCGGGAAAGGAGCUUGGGCUUCCUGAGUCCCCCUCAAAUACAGAUCCCAUGAUUCCAGAUGAAAGAUCUAAUCUUGUUACCAUAACCUAACAAUGUUGUUAUACUAUCAUUGCGUUUGCGUCAUGGUACCGCUUCUGUAAUUUGUUACCGCUAAGUUGUUAUUUUAAGCUUGCUCCUGCUGUAAAUGCUUUAGCGUUGUGUGUUUUGACAAUCGGGAGGAAUUGAGAAGGAAGUAAUUUAAAAUGACAAUCUCGUCUAGUUAUACUAAGGUUACUUGUUAAGAAACUAUAUUUUCAUAAAAUAAAUAUAUCACUUUAUCAUAUACAAUUAUAACUUAUCAAUUGAAAGACUGUAAAACGAGCGUGUUGUUCACAUUUUAUGAUAUACAGUAACAAAGAUUUUAAUUUUCUAACGUCUAUUUACGGAAAAUCAAUACGCCAAUGAUGAGCAGUACUUCUUAUGUGCUUUGGUCCAAGACUUGGAAUUUCUUACAUGUCUGUAUUUUAUGUACUUGUUAUGAAUGAAACCUGUACGAUCAUAGUUUAUUAAAUAUUUAUUUUAUAUUCAAUCAAAUUAUAACGCUACAGUAUAAAAAUAAAUUUCAAUACAAAUGUUUUUAUGGUUGGACAGAAAUACUAUUUAUUGUAGAUUGUAGUUAGUUACCUUUAAAUGGUGCUUUCUGUAGUCUGGUUAAUUGUUAAAUGUUUUAUAAAUUUUAUGAGUUACUUGCGUAGAAGGGUAAGCUAUUUGUAAACACCAGAAAGUAUUAUGUAUAAUGUUUUACUUGUACACACCCCUCCUCUUAGUACCUACUUGUUCUGUGUGUAUUAGGAAUUUGUACUGCGUUUAUUGAGGAAUGAAAAAGGUUUUAAUGUGAUGCACCACAAAGUCGAUCACACAGGAAUCACAUGUGAUGGAUAUUACUUUAGCUUCGGUUUACUACAGACUGAUGAUCCAUAAGCUACUUAGAACGGUCUGUGUUGUUCUAGCAGUAAAAGUAAAACUUUGCAACAUGUUUCUAAUUUCAUGGCCACCCAUCUUUGUCAGGUAAGGAAGACUCUACUGUACUUGUUUUGGGAAACAGUAAACGAAACCUGAUUUUUUAACCCACUUAGAAAAGUAACUGUGUUAACUUUACCAAACUUGAUAGUUAUGGACAAAACUUGAUAGUUAUGGACGUAAGUGGGCACUGCAUACUGGUUUUAGGAUUCCCAACUAAAAAAAUUUACAUAUAAGGACCAAAAAUAAAAGUUUUGAAAACAGGAAAAUUUUAAGUAAUUACUGAUUAAUCGGGGAGGAUAUAAAAUGUAGGUUAUUUACAUCUUGUCUCCAAAAAUUCCUUAAGUUUUAAAAAAAUUCAAUAUUUUUCAAAUUUUUUAUUACACAAUUAUGCUUUAGUAAUAACGUAACUUAAAUAAAUGGAUUAUGAAAUUCUGCUAGUUAUUUGUUUACCAAGCUUGUAAUUUGCUGAAGGAAUCACAAAAGCUGUUCUAGUCAUGCCUUGCAUUCAAAUCUCAUGUACGCUCUAAGUGACUUUCUGUUUCACUUAAGUUUCUAAAAUUUAAAAAAAAAAUACAGAAGUAACUUUUUUGUGAAUGUCUGUUCUCACUAUGGACUUACAUCAUAUGAUUGUGACUUGUGGUCUAAAUCCUAAAGUCUGAUGCAUCAUAUUUUUUAAUACCUAUCUGUUUCCAUUGUGGACGUGCAUCAUGUAAUUGUGACUCUUGGUCCAUCUACUAGUCAGAUGUCACAUUUAUUUGUGAAUGAGUUUCCAUUACGAAUAUGCAUCAUGUAAUUGUGACUCUUGGUUCUUCUAAUAGUCUGAUGUCACAUUUAUUUGUGAAUGAGUUUCCAUUACGAAUAUGCAUCAUGUAAUUAUGACUCUUGGUCCUUCUAAUAGUCUGAUGUCAUAUUUAUUUGUGAAUGAGUUUCCAUUAUGAAUUUGCAUCAUGUAAUUGUGACUCUUGGUCCUUUUAACAGUCUGAUGUCAUAUUUAUUUGUGAAUCUGUUUCCAUUAUGAAUUUGUAUCAUGUAAUUAUGACUUUUGGUCUCAAUCAUGCUAAAAUGUUAAACAAGCAUUUUUGUUGUUAGCAUUGUUGUAUUAAUGAAAUAAUAAUGAAUAAAACCUUGUACACUUAAAUAUAAGUUUCAUAGGUUUGUUAGUAAUUCAUGUGGUACAAAAUCACUAAAAAUAUUUAAACAUCGGGGCAUUAUGUAGACAAUAUUUUAUUAUGUAGUCUUUGAACUGAAUUGACUGAAUCUGCCUUGUUUUUCUUUUCUAGAAAAAAAUUUAGUGUACAAAAUACUAAACGCUAAUGAAAGGCAAGCUGAAUGUUUCUUCAGUAAAAAAGGUAAGAAUUUAUUAUUUUCAAAUUCCUGUUAUUUUUAAACAGAAAGCAGAAAUAACGUCAUGUUUGGAGUUAGUACAUUGUUAAUUAUACAUAGAUCAUCUCAAUUUUUGUUCAUUAUAAUCGAAAACAUAAAAAAGUAAAUGUGGUCAGUUUAAUGCAUAAGAACUAUAAAUCACACAUAUACAAAUAAAUAUAUGUGCAUUACACAAAUAUUUUUUAAUCUCAAACCAAUAUGACCUAUGUAUUUUAAAACUGAAACACACAUGUAAACAUAUAUGCUAAACAAAGCAAGAAAAGCUAUAAGUUCAAGAGGACAAUUUUCUUCUUAUUUUAACAUUUAACAGUUUCAAACAUUUAGGUUUAUAUUUUACAAACACCCGUACACAGAUGUAAAGGGUAUUUAAUUGCCAGUAGUGUAAUAUGAGGUGCCAGAAUACGAAGGUUUUGCUUCUUAAAGAAUCCAUUAACAUCAAUAGAUAAUAAUUUACUUAAAGCAUGUAUGGAUCGCAACAGGGUAAAACAAAAUAAACUUAGAUAACCACUAGCUCAAUAUUGUCCAUCUAGCAGUUUUGAAAUGAAAUAGAUAAUUCACAUUCAUAUGUGGGUAUUUAGAAAGGAUUUUAAAGAUAAAAUCCAUGAGCGCACAUGUAAAGGUAAAGUUUUACAUUGACAGGUGUAAUUAGUUCUUUUGAAGCACCAGCAUAAAACAGGCCAUAUACAGAAUGUGUCAGAACUCUUAAAGGAUAUUUUAGGGGACUGUUUCUUUGGUUUAGACAUGAAAUACUAUACAAACUUAUAUCUAUAGAUUUGGUUUUCAUCUGCCAGUCUUUGUCUCUACAAGAAUUUAUCAAGCAACAUCAAAAAUAAUAACCACCAAAAGUACAAUAUGUUUGAUACAUUAUGUAGAAGUAAGCCCUUAAAUAUGGCUAUAUAGGAGUAGUAACAUUGAUUUUAUUUACUAGUUGUUAAAUCUUAACAAACAGCCUACCAAAAAUUUUACAAAUUUGGCUGUCACAUUUUAUAAAUGGCUUAAAAAUAAACCAUGCAAAACUUGAACGCUAUAAAAUAAACCGUGAGAGAGUUAUGAAUUUUUAACGUAAAACAAACCGUGAACGAGUUGUGAAUUUUUAACGUAAAACAUACGUAUACAGGCUGAUACUGAUAUAUGUAUGUACGUGCAGCAUUUUAAGUUUGCUUAGAACUGAGGUACAGUCCCCUAACAGCUCUGAACACUGUAUACAAAAUAUGUAACUUCAUUGAUUGCACAACUUGUAACGUAUUUGUGUAGUGUUAACUGGAAAGUAAACAUAAACUAUACCAAAGCUUACGUAUCUUGGACUUUGCCAAGUGAUCUUGCUGUGUAACUGUGUGCAAUUUUAAAUGGUCCGUGUUUACGUAUUUCAUGUGAUACUAGUUUUACUGAUGUUGUGCAGAACUUAAGAUGUACGUAUUAUGGUGAAAUAUAUGCUGAGAAAAUUACACUUUACCGAAUUUUAUUUAAAAUUCUGUCACAAGUUUACUGCAUUGUAAACUCAUUUGGUGUUAAUGCAAUAAAAUAUGUAUUGUACUGAA